AUGUGCGCGAUGAGGAUCCGUGACCCAAUGUUACAGCAAGAAUAGUCGGUCGAACACAGAAACUCAGGAUUUUCAACCACAGGUUCGUCUGAGACGAGCAGCAUGGCAGUGUCGGCUCUCUCUCGGGCUUUGCGCUCUUUGUCACUCUCUCCCCUCUGCGGUGUUGCACAGAUCUCCUGCCGAUCUGCCCCUCUCGCCUCACAGACAUGGUGCCACGCGGCUUUGGGGUCUCCAGUCAGUGCCGAUCCUCUCACACCUGUGCCCCCAACGUUCAGCACAGCGUUCGUGCAAUGGCGGGGGUUCCACACAGCAAACCUGCUGGCUCAGAGAAGCACCCUGUGGAAGCAGAGGGCUAAAUACACCAUCAGACCCAUUGGCAUGAAGAAGACUGGAGGCAGGGAUUACACAGGAAAGAUCCGGAGGCAUGGCAUUGGUGGAGGUCACAAGCAGCGGUACCGCAUAGUGGACUUCAAGCGGCUGAACUUUGAACCAGGCAAAGAGGACCAGAGCUUCGAGGAGAGGGUUGUCGAGGUCCGAUAUGACCCUUGCAGAUCUGCAAAUAUUGCUCUGGUGGCGGGAGGAAACCGAAAGCGCUGGCUCAUUGCGACUGAAAACAUGCGAGCUGGUGACAUCAUCAAAACCUCUGGUGUUAUUGGUCGUAUGGCAGUUGCAGCCAAUGAGGGUGACUCAUACCCACUGGGUGCCCUGCCUGUGGGCACACUGGUGAACAACGUGGAGCUCUACCCAGGGAAAGGAGCUCAGUACAUCCGCGCUGCAGGAACAUGUGGAGUGUUGCUCAGAAAAGUGAAUGGAACUGCCAUUGUACAGCUGCCAUCCAAACAGCAGAUUCAGGUGAUGGAAACAUGCAUGGCAACCGUGGGGCGUGUAUCCAACAUCGAUCACAACAAGCGCAUUAUUGGGAAAGCCGGUCGCAAUCGCUGGCUGGGCAUUCGGCCUUCCAGUGGGCUGUGGAAGAGGAAGGGAGGAUGGGCAGGGCGCAAGAUCAAGCCCCUGCCCCCCAUGAAAAGCUACAUCAACCUGCCCUCUGUGGGGAGCGCCUCAUAGCAUCAGCUUUAGAAGGGACACCCAGCUCUGACGAACCUCAGAUUGAGGGACUUUCAUGUCUGCAGACCUGUAUUUGAAUUCAUCAGCAGGCUCUUCAGUACUGUUUGGGGAGCUGUGUGAUGUAUAACUAUGUAAUUUUGUGAAACUGUGUGUUUGACUGCAAAAUUAAAUGUUUAA